AUGGAAGUGAUCACUCCAACCAAAGCGUUGACCGAUUUUGGUGAUUUCCGUUCAGCCCCAGAUUGUCAUGCAGAAUGUAUCGGAUGCACGGAAUCACGAUCAGCAGUUAGCUGUUUUUCUUGCAGACAUCUCACGCAAUCCUUGCGUAAUCGUGCAGGCUUUAAAUGUGUGGCCAAAUGCGAUGAAGGAUACUUCUUGGAGGGAUAUAAAUGUCGUGCAUGCAGUCCGAAUUGCAAAACAUGCAUCAAAGCAGAACAGUGCGAAACAUGCCCGGGCGCACAGCUUUUAAUAGAUGUAAAUCAUUAUGGACAUUUGGAUCACGGACAAUGCAUUGAUACAUGUCCACCUGAGCUCGAGCCGGACUAUACAAUAGCAGUGCAGGCGCGUUGUGUACUGAGAAGGAAUAAAUGCUCCACUGGAUAUUAUGAGGCAGCAAAUUCUAUUUGUACGCCAUGUGAUGAUGCAUGCAGGACAUGCCAUGGUCCUGGACCUUUGCAGUGUGAUUCGUGUGCCCCAAACUUUAGUAACCGAUCAGUAGGAUAUUGUCGACCAUGUUGUAAAACAGGCGAGGAUCCAAUGUUACAUCAUUGCGGAGAAAAGAACCCAGAACAAACUUAUACGCCUCUGCCGGCCAAAGAACGGCUGAUCGAUUCAUUUGCGGAUACAACGGAUUCUGAAUCUGUCGAUGAAUUUAAUGAUGAAAAUGAACCCGAAAACACAUGA